CUCCGUGCGGAACCUGCAUGAUGAUAGUAGCUGGACAGCAGCAGCAGCAGCAGAUGCUCUCAUGAAUGAAUCAUCGGCCACCCCAACACCGGAAUCUCCCCCCCGAGCCGAGUCGGGGACGCCCUGCUGCUUUGCAUCGUCUUCUUCCUAGCUGUAGCUUGUCCGUCGUCUCCACUAGCCACCAAGUCACCAACAGCUCUCUCUCCCUGCCUGCUCACACACUUCGCCACUGCUGCUGCUGCUGCUGCUGCUGGGCGUGGUUGGCGACGAGUGCGUGCGUGGUUCACGAGCGAGCGAGCUGAGCUCCUCCACAAGCCCAGUCGCGCACGGCAGCAGCAGCAGCCUCUUUGCUUGCCUGCCUUGCCGCCGCCGCCUCGUCCGUCCUCCCAUCGUUUUGUUGGCUUCUCCUUGGCCUGGCUAGGCUACCUGCUGUGCUCAUUCGUUCCGUCCCAACACGAGGUGGGGAAUUGGAGGAGGCGCGUACCAAGACAGCAGAGGUCACUAGUGAUUUCACACACGCAUUUCUUUAACAGGCCUCUCUCUCUUGCUCUUUCUUGUUUUGUUUCUCCUUCCUUUCCUUCCUUCCUUGUUGUAAUAAUAAUAAUAAUAAUAAUAAUAAUAAUAACUCUGCCUGCCUUCGUCCCCCUGGUGGCCUUCUUUCUUCUAUAAAGAGCAGCUGCUGCUGCCUGCUGGCCCUGCCCGGCCACCGCAUCUUCAGCCGCGCACGCCGUCUUGCUCGUGCAGUGCUUGCCAACUCGGAGACAGGCAAGAGAGGCCGAGAGGGAUCGCAGGAAGGGGGAUCGGAGAGAUCAUGGGGGACGCCGCAGAGACCACCAGCAAGACUCUUCACAACUGGAUGGCCGAGCCGAGGCCGAGGCCGAGCGGCCAGGGCGACGACGAGGAGACGCUUCAGCUCAGCCUCGGCCUCCCCGGCGGCGGCGGAGGAAAUGGAGCUGGCGCUGGGCUGCCACCCGCCGCCGCCUGGAGAAUGCUGCCGGCCAGAGACAAGGAGAUGCACUCCGCUGCUGCUGCUGUCGACACCUCCUCCAUGCUCUCGCUCGGCUACUCCGCCCCAGCUUUCUCGCCCGCCCGCUCACCAGGCAAGGCAAAGGGGUCCCCAGCAGCGGCUACAGAGAAUGCCCGGCUUGCAUCCACCAACAACGCCUCCCAGGCAAGGCAAAGAUCUCCAAAUACCCCAGUUAUUGGGUGGCCUCCGGUUCGUGCAUUCCGAAGAAAUCUGGCUACCUCUAGCAAAGCAUCCCUUGAACAUCACAAUGGGAAGAAGGCAGCCAGACCUGAAGAGACCACAAAAAGAGCUCCAUUUGUAAAGAUUAACAUGGAUGGCAUCCCUAUUGGUAGAAAAAUUGAUCUGAAUGCCCUUGGCAGUUACGACGAGCUGUCUCUGUCUGUUGACAAGCUAUUCCGGGGACUUCUUGCAGCACAACAAGACCCUCUGGAUGCCAGCACGAAGGAGUGUUCACAGGAAGAGGUGGCAAUAUCGGGUUUACUAGAUGGAACUGGGGAAUACACUCUGGUUUAUGAGGAUUAUGAAGGUGAUAGGGUGCUGGUUGGUGAUGUCCCCUGGGGGAUGUUUGUUUCUUCGGUGAAGAGGCUGCGAGUUCUGAAGACAUCUGACCUCUCCUCAUCUCUAACAGCAUCAGGCCGGAAGAGGACGGUAACUGAGUGUUGAGUGUUUACCUCUUAGACACUUCCAGCGAUGUUAAUGUGCUGUGAAGAAGAAAAUGUCUUCUGAGCUUGUAUCAUCUGUGUUUCUGGUUUCUUCCUUUUCUUUUGCCUACUCUCUUGAAAGGGAUCAUGAUUAUGCGACCUUUUGGGUUUUCCUGCUCUUACCUAUCUUGUUUCUGCCUACGAGGAUUCCGAGAAGCGAUGUGUUUGCGCGAUUGACGUGGCUGUAUGUAAAUGUUCAGACGAACCAGCUCUUUAUGCAGCCUAUUCUGUUUGUUGCCUUUGACGUACUGAGGAGA